CAGUAUCGGUCCAACUCUCGUACGGGAGGGUUGUGUCGCUCUGCACGAUCCACGCGUUUCCGUAUUUACGUACGCGGCAUUUCUAAUUGAAAUCCAAUUAAAAUACAAUGACCCAGUGGCGUUGCGACUUGAUAAUAGGAUAAUCGUUGUUCAGUAACGUAAUAUGUAGUGUUUAGUUGAUUGAAAAUGUGUUCAGAGGAUGUGAGUUCGGAAUGAUGUUGAGAGAAUCCCGAUGGCGUUUAGGAUUGAUGCUCCUGUGCUUUUACACAGUCGAUGGAUUAAUUGAGAUCGUGGAGGAGCAACAAUGUCAAGAUUUUGGCUUCCGGCUGACGUGCCGCGAGCUAGACUCGCACAUCGCCAUCCUCGAGGCCUACUACACCGCCAUGGAAGACUACGGCUGGCCCAACACGACCCGCGAGAGACUCGUUAUCAGAACCGAAAACGACUCCGAGCUGGACCAAGUGCACGUGUACAUUAGCCCACAGCACAACGGAGUGUACGAGCAGACGAACAUUACAAGACCUCACAGGCUCGCGAAUGCUACCCUCGAAUUUAACGAUACGUCUCUCUGGAACGAUAGUCUGUUGUUAUUUAAUGACACCGUCGACGUAUUUGGCGAGUUCGUGAACGAUAGUGACAAUUGCGAUGCGGUUUCGUUCCGUCGGAGCUACGCCAGUUGGCGUGAAGGCGACAAACUCCGACGCGCGUCGUUCAGAAACGCAUCCGUGAAUCUCAGAUCGCCGUUUAGUUACAGGUGCACAGGCGUCAAUCACUGUAACUUUUUGCUGUCGGAGGAUUAUCCUCCGUCCAGCAGCUGGUCUCCAGGAGUCGUCUACAUCAAAUACGCUUGUUUUGAUGAUACAAUAUCUCUGCAUUACUGCAACCGCGAGUUGAGGAUAGCUGAAUGGGGAGCCGAGAGCGAGGGUUACAUUCGAACCCCAGGGUACCCGCACUUCUACGUUGGCGAUGAAUGCCGCUGGCGGCUCAUUGCCAACCCCGAACAAAGGAUACGGGUCACAUUCUUGGACGUUAGCUUAAGAAGUAUAGGUCCGUUUGAAAACGAGUGUAAGGAUUUCGUCUCGGUCCAAGAUUCGAAUGGCGAUAACCUGUUGUACUCGUGCGAACAAGUCGAUAUGCCGAUCAAACUCACUUCCACAACCAACACUGUGGAGGUGGCCGUGGAAGCAAGGUCUAAAGGCGCUUACCCGAAACGAGGAGUCCUGUUGCAUUAUAAAAGCAUAGGCUGUGUUACUUUAUCAGCGCCAUCUAGUGGAUAUCUUGUGUAUCGCAACGAAGACGUGGCACACUACAUGUGCAACGUUAACUUUGUUUUCGUCGACACUCGACAGAGGGCGCGAUUACUUUGGUGCUAUGACGAUAACAGAUGGAAUAAUACCGUGCCUCUCUGCAUUGCCGAGACGGUUGUCAAAGCCGUCGGGAACGACUCUUCACGGGAGGGCAUCGGCAAAGAAACAAAACUGCCGCCCCACCAAGAACCCAACAUGAUAGUCGACAUCGUCAUCCCGUCGCUGCUGAUAGCGGCCCUGUUCAUCGGAAACGCGUUCAUCGUACUCAUCAUCUAUAAAUACAGGAAACGGAAAAACGACGAUUUGGAAGACGAAUUCAACACCAUUCCAUUAAACGGGAACGUGCACAGCGCGGGAUAUGCAGUUUAGUCUCCAGCACACCAAAUAAGUUUACGGGAAUCGCAAAUAAACGAUAACAAAAAAAAAUACCUUCACUACAUAGCAUAAAACAAAAUCGCUUUCUCGGUCCCUAUACCCCUAUGUAUGCUUAAAUCUUUAAAACUACGCAACGGAUUUUGAUGCGGUUUUUUUUAAUAGAUAGUGUGAUUGAAGAGGUAGGUUUAUAUGUAUAAUAACAUCCAUUAAAUAGUUGAGAAAUCUAUAAUAAAUUGCAGUUUUCGAAGCGAAGCGAGGGCGGGUUGCUAGUAAUAUACAUUUAGCGUAGAACUGAAGAAAUCUAUCUAUCUAUAUAUAUAAAAAUGAAUUGCUGUUCGUUAGUCUCGCUAAAACUCGAGAACGGCUGGACCGAUUUGGCUAAUUUUGGUCUUCAAUUAUUUGUAGAAGUCCAGAGAAGGUUUAAAAGGUAGCUAAAUACGAAAAUGCUCAGAAUUAAAUAAAAAUAACAAUUUUGUUUUUCCUUUGAUGUUUAACCCGUCGGACGGGAUUCCUUUUGUUUAUUUUAAGUUUAUUUUAAAAAGUGUUAGGUCUUUUAUUUAUCAAUUGAGGCACUACGAAGUCUGCCUGGUCAGCUAGUCGUGAAUAAAAUAGAUUCGCUUCUAAAAUUUAUAGUAGGCGUCAAACAAACGUAAGGAUUUGCGAUUCCCCGUCAACUGUAACUGCUGCGAUUUUCCGUCACGUCGCCGGACUACCGGCGGCCUUAAGAUUUUAGUUACCCUAUUUAUUUGUUAGAUACCUCAGACGAGUCAUCAACGAUCAGGACUUAGUUCGUUGAACUCUGUAAUCUCUAGAAAUUAAGCAAGGACUGAUAUUAAUAUUGAAAAUACUCCCAAAGUGUUUUAGUACUAGAGCUCUUGUUUUGUUUUUGCACCGUCUUAAUUUUCAAAGUCAAUUUUAGAUACUUAAGUCGGCUUCGUAUAUCUUGUAUUGUAUGGUUCCGUAGAUGUAUCUAUUUAUAUUAGUAAUAUGUUGUUGAUGUUUAAUUUGGAACAAUUUGUAUUCAUUCGACGAAGUACGUGAAUUCUGUAUUGAAUAAAUGCACCUUUAUCUUU